CCCAUCUCUCUUCCGUCCUUCACUCCUCAGUCUGCCCCACCACAAGUUUCUUUGAUAUCGCUUUAUUCAAUUCAACCCCAGAUACUGUACUGCUAAAGAGACCCUCCACAUAUACACCGCAAUCACAAGUAAAACAAUGUCACGCUUUGAGACACUCUGCUUGCAUGCUGGCCAAGAGCCUGAUUCUGCCACCAACGCCCGUGCGGUGCCCAUCUAUGCCUCUACCUCUUUCGUCUUCAAUGAUUCCGCUCAUGGUGCACGUCUUUUCGGGCUCAAGGAGUUUGGCAACAUCUACAGCCGUAUCAUGAACCCUACUGUCGACGUCUUUGAGAAGCGUAUUGCGGCACUUGAGGGGGGUGUAGCUGCUGUUGCUGCUAGCUCCGGCCAAUCUGCUCAAUUCAUGGCCAUUGCGGCGCUGGCGCAUGCCGGCGACAACAUUGUCUCAACCUCCUACCUCUACGGAGGAACGUACAACCAAUUCAAGGUCUUCCUCCCUCGCUUGGGUAUUCACACCAAAUUCGUGAACGGGGACAAGCCUGAGGAUAUUGUCGCUGCGAUCGACGACAAGACCAAGGCAGUGUACAUUGAAAGUAUUGGAAACCCGAGGUAUAAUGUCCCGGACUUUGAGGCCAUUGCCAAGGUUGCCCACGAUAAAGGAGUUCCGUUGGUCGUUGAUAACACAUUCGGAGCUGGAGGUUACUUGGUCAGACCCAUCGAACACGGUGCUGAUAUCAUUGUGAACUCGGCAACAAAAUGGAUCGGCGGCCACGGAACGACAAUCGCAGGAGUGGUCGUCGAUAGUGGUAAAUUUGACUGGGGAAAGAAUGCCGCACGAUUCCCCCAAUUCGUCGAUCCGUCAGAAGGUUACCACGGACUGAAGUUCUGGGAAACCUUUGGACCAAUUAGCUUCGCCAUCCGUGUCCGUGUUGAAAUUCUCCGUGACCUCGGUUCCUGCUUGAACCCGUUCGGUGCGUUCCAGUUGAUCCAGGGUCUCGAGACCCUGAGUCUGCGUGUUGAGCGCCAUGUUAGCAACACGCUUGCGCUCGCGCGCUGGCUGGAGAAGCACGAGAGGGUCGCGUGGGUCUCUUACCCGGGACUCGAAUCCCAUCCAUCACACGAGAUGGCUAAGAAGUACCUCAAGCGCGGGUUCGGCGGAGUGCUAUCUUUCGGCUUGAAGGGUGGAGAAGAUCGAAUCGUAUCCAUGGUGGACAGCCUGAAGCUAGCUUCCAAUCUAGCUAACGUUGGUGACGCAAAGACCCUAGUCAUUCACCCCGCAUCAACUACCCACGAACAGCUCACCGAUGAAGAACAACUCAAAAGUGGAGUCACAAAGGACCUCAUCCGAGUUUCCGUAGGUAUCGAGCACAUCGAUGACAUCGUCGAAGAUUUUAUUCAAGCCUUUGAGAAGAGCUUUGCAAAAUCUAACGGUGCAAGCACCGCGAACGGAAACGUUGCGGGAAGCGCGGCGGAGGGCAUUGCAAAGCUGGGAGUCUAGGCCUUAUUAUUCUUAAUAGUUUUCCCACAACCUUUGUACGGACGAGAAGGUGGUUAGUGGACGUUUGUGUUUUUCUCUUUCUCUUUUCUUUCUACUUUAAUCUUUUUAUUCCUCUCAGAAUUGAAUACCGAAUUCGUGCCGCGUUUCCCUCUUGUUUUCCCCGCACUUUCAACUUUAAAUGAUGUUCGUUUGCAAUGUUAUGAUUGGCUUCCGGUUUCGCGUACUCCAUUUUUUAUUCCCUAUUGAUACAUGUGCGGGUAUAAUCGCGUAACUUGUACCGUCCUGUCUCGUCGAGUCCAGUUCUGUUUGGGGCAGUCAGUGCGUGGUCCGAGAUAUCAAGCGAUCGAUGCAUGUACAGUACAGUACGAGUACUUAUCUAGGUUCUUAUAUGAUGCCUGCACAGUUCCCAUAAACGAGAGCACAGCCAACGAUCAAAUAAAUUUAUGCUAGGAAAAAUGGG